UUUAUUUCCGCGUCAGCCUCUUGGUACGAUUGUGGCUUGUCGUGAUUUGCCAUUUUGCUCAUCAAUCACGUUGAGUACCAAUUAUAUUCCGCCACGCGCGGGACAACCGUCUUCUUUUUACCCACGUGGGAACAUAUGGUCACGUUUCCAUAUUUGUGCGCAUGCGUCAACUUCCUAUCUACUUCAGGUCAUGGCAGAGAAGCGGGCUGCGUCUGGGCAAUCACUGUUGUUUUUACUAAUUUCGGUGACUCUAUUACAUUUGUUUAUUUGUCCUUUUACAAAAGUUGAAGAGAGUUUCAACUUACAGGCAGCGCAUGAUAUUCUUUAUCACAGACUUGAUUUUGAAAAGUAUGACCACCAUGAAUUCCCUGGUGUGGUGCCACGGACAUUCCUUGGACCUGUGUUCCUAUCAACGGUCUGCUCCCCACUGAUCUACCUGCUGUCACUACUGGAGGCUUCCAAAUUCUACACACAGCUGAUGGUGCGAGGUUGCCUGGGAGUGUGUGUGACGUUAGCUCUAUGGCGCAUGCAGAGGGAGGUUCGGAGGCAGUUCGGGUCGACAGUUGCGGGACUGUUCUGUCUCACCUGCGCCUCACAGUUCCAUCUCAUGUUCUACAGCACGAGACCCCUCCCCAAUGUAUUUGCACUGCCAAUAGUCCUGUUGGCGUUCACUGCAUGGAUGGGGCAGAGGUACGGGUCCUUCAUCUGUCUCUCUGCUCUCAUCAUCAUCGUGUUUAGAUCAGAACUGUGUCUCUACCUGGGUCUUAUGCUGCUCAUGUCACUACUGAGCAGGAGGCUGGGGAUCCUCCAACUGCUCUACUAUGCCAUUCCUGCAGGUGCUUUGUCACUAGCUUUGACUGUCGGCAUUGACUCAUUCUUCUGGAAUAAGCUGAUUUGGCCCGAGGGCCAGGUACUCUGGUACAACACCAUCCUGAACAAGAGCUCCAACUGGGGAACCUCCCCCUUUCUGUGGUACUUCUACUCUGCUCUGCCCCGUGCCCUGGGCUGCGCAGUGCUGUUCGUCCCCCUAGGCCUACUGGACAGACGGACGCGCAUCCUGCUGCUGCCUACUGUAGGAUUUAUCCUGCUCUACUCUUUCCUGCCCCACAAGGAGCUACGCUUUAUCCUCUACACCUUCCCUGUACUGAAUAUAGUGGCCGCACGGGGCUGCUCCUUCAUUCUGAACAACUACCACAAAUCUUGGAUGUAUAAACUUGGCUCCUUAAUCGUGGUUGGCCAGUUGGUGACAAAUGCUGCAUACUCCAGCAUAUCGCUGUACGUGUCCCAUCACAACUACCCUGGAGGCAGGGGGAUGCAGGUACUACAUAAACUAGUACCGUCUACAUCAGAUGUCUCUGUUCAUAUUGAUGUAUUUGCUGCCCAAACUGGAGUGUCACGUUUCUUAGAACUGAACAGAAACUGGAGGUAUGACAAGAGAGAAGACAUUGGCCCUGGACACCCUGAUAUGAAGACAUACUCCCAUGUUCUGAUGGAGGCCAAUGCCACCCAGAUAGCAUUACUCAAAGGCUCCCACAUGCCUUUGGCCUUCAUCCAAGGUUACAGCAACAUGACGUUGAAUGCCUUUCGGUUUCCUUUCUUCAGUAUAAACCUGGGAGGCAAACUGGUGUUGCUAGAAAGAGUACCUGACCCUUCCAGUUGAACUGAGUACAGUGUCGUUUUUCAGGAUUUAGUAUUUUCUCAUGACCAAAUUGUAGUGUUCUGUUGUUUUCCAUCACUCUUUUGGGAUAUAAGUUGGUUGAUAUAAGCCAGGUAUUGGUGGAAUACACUGAUAGGAUCACCUUUAUUUAUUUGUUUAUGUAAAUGACUCAAACGUGUCCCAGGCCAGCUUAGUUCUCCAUUCACAUGCAAAGAAAGUAUAUAUAGACCUUUCAUUACUUCAACUGAAAAUGAUCCAUGACAAUGCACUUAUCCUCCAAUUUUACUCCACCAAACCAGGUAACUGGUUUACUGUCUUUAACACUUUCUUAAAAUGAAGUGGUCAGAUAACCACAGUUCAAUAAUUGCAAUCCUUCAAAACUGCAUUUCUUUUUUUUCUGAAAUAAGUUCAAAGAACUUAUGCUAUUGCUCCAUUUUGUGUUUUGUAUGCAUUUAUAGUUUCCCAUAUGAACAAAACCACUCAUCAUUAGCUUUGGAAUAAAACUGAAGAGGAAAUGUGAAAAAUA